CGCCAGACUAUAAUGGAGGGAUCUGGAAAAGAAAAUCAUGUAGCGACCGUUUCAUAGCCGUUCUCAUUCAUGUCAGCCAGCUGACGGGGAUUAUUGUGUGAUAUGAAACAAGAAGGAGGUGACAGCAGGACAUAUCUAUUUGUCUGCAUCGUUUUCUUACCAAAAGAAAAGGAGAGGACUUCAAACACGGAAUAUAAUGGGCCACAUCGUUCUGCUCGAUGCAGGGAGCUGGACACAAGUGGGCUUUUAAUUUACAGGAAGUCAAAGCUGCUGCUUUCAAAAUAAGAUCUAAAUAACGCUGAUGUCUCUACAAAGCUAGUUGCUGCAUUUCACUUCUUACAAAUUUGUCAGACCUAAUACAACAACCUAUAAGCACGAGUGGGCUAUGCAAUCUGCAUGCGCCCAUAGGCUGUAUCAAGUGUCAAUCAUAGAAAACAUAGACCCCCAAUAACUUUUAAAAAUGGAGCUGUACAGAAAAAGGGGGACUUGAGCACAGACCAGUCUUAUAGUAACAUUUCAACAUCGCAAGCACGGGGGAGAAAAAUGUUAUCUGAGUAAUUAAUUUCUAUUAAUAUCUUUUAUUGUUACGCAAACCGCACAUUGCACUUUGUUUCUGCAUUUGAUGCACUCUGUUCAUGCAUAAAAUACUGGUAUGACUGACAUAUGCUAUUUUUUUUACCCUCUAAAUUGUCUUAAAUGCAUUUUACCUUCUGAAUUGUUUUUUUAUGUAGGUAUUUCCUUUAUUUUCUUUUAUAGUGUAUGGCAGUGUUUUCAAUGCCUGUGCUUGCUGCAACCCGAUUUGCCCAUUUUGGGACAUAAUAAAGUUGAAGCGAAGUGAAGCUUUUAUUUUGAAGGCUGUGGCAGGAUCUCGGUAGCUCUGCUGCAUGAACUCAACUGUUGUUUCUCUUGGCUCGGUUCAAAGGACACAAUGCUUUUCUGCAGGAGAGACUUCUCGGUGAGUACGGUGCGUGUGAGCUGAAAACAGAUGCGGGAGCCUCUCUGAGAAUACAGAUGUCGAACAAACCGCAGAAAUCCGGUCCCAGGUAAAAAGGAGAAGUCCCCGCCGGAGCCAUGGGACCGCCGGGGCUGCUACUCGGACUGCUGUGGCUCCGGUCCGCUCUGCUCUGUGCAGGUGAGACACAACAAUGCAUCCACAACGAUCAUAUGUUUACAUCUGCACACAAUUCAACCCUGCCGUUAAAGCUGCCGGAAAAAUAUGUGUGUUUGUAAGACAUUCACAUAAUCAGGAGGACAGACUUUAAAUCGUACGGCGUCUGUUCUAAUGAGAGGUGCCGAUGUAGUUUUUAGACCGCCGUCUCCUAUCUGCUUACCACAGCAAAGAUCUUCCAUUGAACACGACGUUCACACCCACACAGCAGUGGAAGUGUUUAAUGUUACCUUCUGCUCUCUCCUCUGUGUCACUGACAAAGUGAUCUGACUGAUACAGUCUGUUUUCAUUGUUGUGAUCGGAUACAGAGAGAAGAUGAGGCUCUCCUGCUGCAGAAACCUGCUCAGGUAUUGAUCUGUGGUGGGUAAACGAUCAGGGCCGGUGUGGAAACAUGGAUGCUCUUUCACAAUGUGAUGCUACUAUCAGCAUUACAUCACUGCUGCUCUGCAGACAGCCCCCCCCCCCCCCCCCCGCACUUUCUUGGCAAGAAAGUACAGGGAAAUUGCUAACCAGUGUGCUAGCAGGAGAUUUUAUAGGUGUGUGUGUGUGUGUGUGUGUGUGUGUGUGUCUGAAAGGAAAAGAGAGAAUAGACCUACAGAACAAAUUUCCACACACUUGUCAGUACUUGUUUGACCCGGCAUCUCUUCACACACUGAGUACAAUAUACUCUCUGUCUCUCUCUCUUUCUCUCUCCACACACACACUCAGCCUCCAGCCCUCUGAGCAGCUGCAGAGGGCUGCCAUAGAUACAGUGGUUAGAGUUUUAUGGCUGAGAAAGAAGACAUGUUUAUUUUAGACUUGAAGCCUUAUCUGCUUCUGUUAUUCACUCUCUUAACCUGCAGAGGAUUCAUCUUCUUAAAAUGCACUUAAAAAAAGUCCAACACAAAAGAUUAAUCCUCUUGUACCUCUCUGAGAUUGGUGUUUUUGUGCCAUUUCUUCUUUCCUCACACUUCUUUACUCUUGGUAUAAACUGUUGAAAACCGCUUUGUUGCUUGUGCUUUUAAGGGGGGGGGGUAGCUUAUAGAUUCUCCUUGCUGGUUCAUCUGAGCUUCUGGCAAAGCUGAAUGACCUGCCUUUAACAGUAUGUGAGGUGACACCCCCAAAAUCCCUCCAUAAACUUUAGCUAGUCCACAAUUCUGCUGCCCACAUCGUUUCCAGAACCCCUUCCAGUGUUCACAUUACUCUAGUUCUUCAGCAGCUACACUGAAUCCUGGUCAGCUAUCACUUUGAUUUUUAGAUUCCUUUUACACUCUCAGGUCCUCUUUCUCCUUCCACCUUACUGUCCCAUCUGCCCAUUUGACCACCAUGGGCUCCAGAGCCUUGAGUCGCUUUGCUCACCAACCCUGGAACUCCCUCCCUCCAGACAUCUGUUGUAUCAACUCUCUCUCUAUUUUCAAAUCCUGUCAUAAAACUCAUCUUUUUAAAUUAGCAUAUUCUUGUUUAAACUGUCCAUGGUUUUAACUUAUUUUGUGGACUAUUAAUUUGUUUGGCCCUCUCUUGCAAGGUGAUCUUGAGUGCUUUGAAAGGCACCUAUAAAAAAAAUGCAAUAUUAGACAUUUAUAUAUGUACAGUAUAUACAUGUCUAUAGGGGGUAACAUUGCUCAACUGAUCAACCACAAUAAAGGGGGUGGGGCCAAAACAUUGAGCUCUGCCCUCAGUUAGCUUCUGGAAAGCCCCUGGAGAGAUGGCCAAUCAGAGGAAAGUGGGCUUUUGGAGGGAGGGGGCCUUUAAGAGACAGCAGCUAAAACAAAGUGUUUCAGACAGCGGCUGAAAUAAUAUUUUAAAUCACCACUGUGAGAAAUUUAAAGCUUUUUUUGAUACGAAAAUCAUGUAACAAUAUUGCAGAGGUAUCAGAGAGGAAGUAUAGAAAGUGAAAAAUGCACAAUACUUCCUCUUUAAAGGAAAAAAGAAGACUAUUAUUCAUUUCAGACAGUUGUAAACUGUAUAAACAUGAUACGUACAUGAAUGAAACAUGAUGCAACCCUUCCCAACAUUUCAGUUAUGCUGGUUUUAAUAUUCUUAGUAGAAAUAUAUCUUAAAGCUCCUGUUAGGAAUGUUUUUUGCUAAUCCUGACCUCUAAAUGCUUCCACAGUGUCUUCUGACAAAUAUGUCACCCCACUGUGAAUAUUUUGUGUGCAAAGUAAAAAAGAAGAGCUGUGUCUCAGCUACUAGACUGACACCUUCUCUCUUGCAUUGAUUUCAGGUUUUUAAAAAGUGACAAAAUAAAAUCAUCAGCUGUGUUGCUGAUGGUCUAUUUUGCUUGACUGGAUCAUGAAGAUGUGACUGGAUGAAUUUUAGUCAGUUUAAUCGAUUUUGGAAAGUCUUCAUAGGAGCUUUAAUUUAGGUUAUAGUAACCACAUUUGCCAAAGUGCCUUCCCUUAUAACAAGGCGGAUGGUCCCUAACCUUUUAAGAUCUUAGGUUGCUGUGGCCAAUGUUUUCAAAAAAGAGGGUCACACUUUUAUUUAUCAGUCCAUUUGGUGUUGAUCCAUCUUAAACGACUCAGACCUAUAGAUUUCGCAAUGUCUUGCUAUGGAUCAUGUACUUUGAACCCCUACUCUGUCCAGCCCAGUUUCACAUCCAUGUGGUCGAUAUCCAUCUCUGAACACUCAAAGAUUUCUCUCUUGCCUCCCUGUUUCUGUCUGCUGACUUCACCAAUUUAUCCAGACAGCUUGAAACAAACAGACACGCUCAGCAGCAGAACUGAGCUGAGUCUCUGCUGUGAGACCAUGUUGAAUGAUUGUUGUGCGACUGUCCAGGGUUUAAAGGGAUUCUCAGCCCUCAAAUGUUUUUAUUUCUUACAUUUUCUCAAAAAAUAUUCCCAUUCUAACCAUUAAGUAUGUGUAAUUAAAAUAUGGAUCUUUGUCUUUUGUUUUAACUAUGUCAUGCACUUAGAAAGCUCCCCAGACUCCAACUCUGUAUCUGUGACAUUCCUGUAUCACGACUGUACUACCACACAGAGUAUUGCACUAUCGUAAUCAAAAAGAAAAGGAAAGUACUCAAUAUACUCAUCUGCCACUAAUCCUGAUUCAUAUAGCUGAGAGACAAAGAAAUAACUUUGAACCGUCACAGAGCAAAAUGAUGCAUCAGCUGCUCUUUAAAGAGACCUCUGCAUGAAGAUACCCUGUGUUCCUCUCAAUCUUCUCUCAGUGUGUUGUUCCCUAGAGUUAAGGUGUGGUGUUCACAGGGAUGCUGUUGCCUUGGCUGCAGGUUUGACUGCUGCUGCUUCUGUUUAAGCCGCCAUGUAAUCUGAGCUCCUCCAAAAGUCAGUGAGGUCAUUUUGUGUUUUAUUUGCACCAAUCGAAGACAAAAAGUCUGUAGAGGAGAGUUAUGAACGUUCUGUACAGUCCUCUACAUGUCAGUUCUAAUGCUAGAAUAGUUAGAGCUGCUAUUUUUAUUUCCUUCUGAUUAAAACAAAAAACAGCUCUAAUGUGUUUGCUCCCCUCCCCCUCUGUCUUUUUGUCACACAGCAGGCUGCAGUGAGCGAGUGGAAGUCCACACAGAGCGCCGGGGGGUGAUUUAUAGUCCCUCCUGGCCUCUAAACUACCCUCCUGGAGUCAACUGCAGCUGGCACAUCCAGGGCGGUCAGGGAGAGGUGAUCACCAUCAGGUACAUUUCUCACACACAGUUUACAGACAGUAGGAGCUGUCAGUAAGCAGUUAGAAUAAACAGUUUCUCCUUCUAGUUUCCGAAACUUUGACGUGGCCGAGUCGAGGAAUUGCCUGGGAGACUGUCUGCUACUGACUCCCACCUGGAAUGGAGAAUCGAGGCUGUGUGGCUCCACACUGCCCCCUCCCUUCAUCUCCACCAGUGGGCGUGUUUGGCUGUAUUUCCACUCUCAGGCCAACAGCUCGGGGCAGGCUCAGGGCUUCCGUCUCUCCUACAUCAGAGGUAAUUCACCUCAUAGGUUGCCAAGCUCAUCUUUGGGUUAGUGCCUACAUUCAGCUUUUUGAAAUGCAGGGUACAGAUAAGUAUGACUAUGGACUUUUUUUUUUAAAUAGUCAAAGUGAAGCAAAACAAACAAAAGCUUGAGUCAGCAAGAGGCAAGGAGUUGAGAUAGGCCUUAUGCUUACUCCUUAGACACUGCAGUGGGCCUGCUGGACAGGGAGGUCAGCCAUGCCCCUCACAGUGCAAAACUCAAAACCUUUAUACCAGAGGUUGUUGUCUCGGAUAAACUCAGUCUCUUCUACUGUUUAUAUGUGUAGCACAUCUUAAGUGAUGUGCAACUGCCUCAAUACAAGCGUCACCCCGUGUCCCUCCUUGUUGAACUUGAUCUCAUGGCCAUGCACUUUGAGCCUUUGCGCAAACUUAACAGCAAAUUGUGACUUAUCCAAUGUCUUAUGCCGUAAAACCCAACCAACCAGCUCUAACUGACUGAUAUGACUGAACAAACUCUUCAUAGAUGCCAGAAGCCAUGUUGUUGUGUUUGUCUCAGUAGAAAGCAAAUGAGGAGGGAGGAAAAGAGAAAAUCAAGAUUUUCAUUUCUAAAGUCAUCAAAAACAACAAAUAUGAAUGAAACAGAUUUAUUGCCAAGUCCUGGCUGUUGCUUUUACCAUCACCUACUGUAUCCCAACAGAGUAACCAGUGUUAUUUUCACUGGUUCUAAAAUGCCUUGAAAAUAAAACUGGUGAAAAAAACCAUCUAAAGGAACAGAUUUUAGUUUGAGUAAAAGAAGUUCCUGGGUCUAAAAGUUCCUGUAAACACGACUGUCUUUAUGAGUGUUCACUGUUUAGCUGGAGCCAGCACUUCAGGCUCUGGUCAAUCAUGAGUACCCAGAGGUAUCAUUAUAAAUCGACUUCCAAGCGUUUUACUGUGUUUUCAAUAUUCUUCCAUUAAUUUUAUAAUAUCCAAGAAGUCAAAGUGUAUUAAAUAUCCUUUGUGUAUUAUAACUGAUAAUAACAUUUUAAACUUUAAUCACAUGAUAUUAACUCACACUAAGUUUUUACAAAUAAAAUGUCCAGACAAACUGCCAAGCAGCACUGAAAAAGGGAGUAAAGGUAAAUCAGCAUUAAUGAGCUUUUUUUAAAGGUCCAGAUUAAAAGAAGGUGACCAUCAAAAAGCCUGCAGGUCUAAAUUGACUUUGUUAAAAGGCAGGAGUUUUCAAUUGGUUAAAAAUACACUUGAUUGGUACAAGACUACCUGAAAGUGCUUGUUUUUAAUGAAUUGAUGACUUCUUUUGUUUGGUUUGGCUCCUCUUUACACUCUCUGCCCAAACAGCCUGGGUGUAAUCAUCUUUAGAUCUGUGCAUUUCUGGGCUUCAGACGUUCUAAAUGCAGAGCUGUCAGUCUGUGUUAAGCUUGACUCUUCCUCUGAGUGUUGGGAGCUGCUGAUGUUGCAUCUUGUCACUCUCUCUCCUCUGCAGGUCACCUGGGUCAGAGCAGCUGUCAGUCAGAUGAAUUUCUCUGUGGGAACGGGAAGUGUCUUCCUCGCUUCUGGAAAUGCAACGGUCAGGAUGAGUGCGGUGAUGCCAGUGAUGAGCGCAGCUGCUCCCCCCCUCCCACUGAGGCCCAGCCCGGUCUCUGUCCUUAUGGCGCCAUCCCGUGCACAGAGGCCCAGUCCACCCGCUGUCUACCCGCUGCUUUGCGCUGCAACGGAGCUCGAGACUGUCACGACGGCACAGAUGAGUUGGGCUGCCCUGAUACCACAUGUGGGAAACGUUUGGGGAACUUCUAUGGCUCCUUUGCUUCCCCUGAUUUUUUCCGGGCUAACAGGAGCACAGAGGUGGAGCUGAGGUGUUCCUGGCUGCUGGACACUCAGGACCCCAAGCCCAUCGUGCUGCAGCUAGACCUGCAGCUGGGGCCCAAAGACUCGCUGCACGUGUAUGACGGCCUGCUGCAGCGGGCGGAGCACCUCUUACAGGUGUUGUCAUAUCAUAAUAACAGGCGCCCAGCACUUCUGGAGUCCAGUCGGGGACAGAUGAGUGUUCUGUAUAUGGCCCAGCCUCACAGCCCAGGACACGGCUUCAAUGCUACAUAUCAGGUACAGCUGCCCGGGUGUAUUUCACCCUGAUUUAAAAAAGCUUUUUUCUUUGCAGCCAGUUUCAAGCAACUGAGAGCUCCAAAACUGAGAGCUCCUGCCAGUGCUAAUUAAAAGAGUCUGUAAAAAAUAUGGUUAUGAUCUAAGACUUUGUGUCUCUACUCAAUACUUGAAUGGGGCAAAUUUCUGCAUCUGAAAAAAAAAAAAAAAAACAGGGUACUUUUGCUUUGAUACAAGGGGUGAGCACUCUGCAAAUACAUCCAUUCUUUUAUGCCCUCUAGUGAUGAGUUUCAUAGCCUACCAAAUGGCUCCCCAUGUCCCCCACAGCUGCAGACAGAUGGGACAGAUGGGCAGCAAGAGCCAAGUCAUUACUGGGAUUAGUAAGAGAGAAUCUCCCUUCACCAAUGACUCUCUGAGUUAUCCCAUAACAAUCAAAAAUCAAACCUCUCUGUAUCACAACAAAACUCACAGAGCCUCGCCACAUCAAACAGACUGGGGCUCUUUUCUUGCAAGCCCCCCUAAAACAUGGUAUAAACCUGCAGCAACCCUAGAGGUCCAAACAGAAACACAGUAAAGAAGAGUCUGUAGCAAGACACUAGAAAGAAGACAGGAAAGGCAGAGGCAGGAUGAGAAGCCUGUUUGGACUGGAGCUCAUCCUUACCAGGGGUGCAGUGUGGCAGUGAGGCAUCUAGUCUGUGGCUCUGUUGGUGUCAGGGAAGCCCAGGUAGUGGCCUUUAAUUAGUCUGUACUUUUGGGUUGUGUGUUUCUCAUUCUUCUCCUGACCACUGUCUCACAGUUUCUCUAUGAGGUCUGGGUCAGGACAGUUAUCUUGCAAAUCAAGCUAAGUGAUGUCAUGGUCAGCAAACCGUUUGGUAGUAGUUUUGGCACAGUGGGCAGGUGCAAAGUCCUGUGGGCAAUGGAAAUCAUCAAAGGAAGCAUCAUUAUGUAGCCAAAGAUGGAUGCAUGAGGUGCUCUAAAGACGCCUGGUAGAUGGUGGUGUUUUGACUGUGUGUGGACUUUAUAAAACAGAGAUGACCAGCUGAUGACACGGCACCCCAAAUCAACACGCGCUAUAGAAAAUUCAUGCUGACGUGAAAAACCUGAUCCUGUUUCUGCUCUCAUUAUUCCCACCGUCCUCAUAUUUCCUUUUGUACAUCUCUGUCGAUAUUGAAUGAGUCAAGAACAUCCUUCCUGAUUGUCAUAACUGUUUCUUAUUUAUAUGAUUCAGAGAGUAGUUGUCUUCACAGAGAAUCUGUUGUCAUGUUGAUGGCCAAAUAAUGACGUGUUUCUUUUUUCUCUCAGGUCAAAGGUUACUGUUUCCCUGGAGAGCGUCCUUGUGGCAGUGACCAGGGCUGUUUCUCUGAACGCCAGCGCUGUGAUGGUUACUGGCACUGUCCAUCAGGUCGGGAUGAGGAGGCCUGUCCAGGGUGCCCUGAUGGGGAGUUCCCCUGUGAAGGCGGCACCGGGGUGUGUUACCCGGCUUCAGAGCGCUGCAACAACCAGAAGAGGUGCCCAGACGGAUCUGACGAGAAGAACUGCUAUGACUGUCAACCUGGGAACUUUCACUGCGGGACAAACCUGUGCAUCUUUGAGACGUGGCGCUGUGACGGCCAGGAGGACUGCUUGGAUGGCAGCGAUGAGAGGGACUGCAUGGCGGCAGUGCCCAGGAAAGUAAUCACAGCUGCUUUGAUUGGAAGUCUGGUCUGCAGCCUCCUGCUGGUCAUCGCCCUUGGCUGUGCCCUUAAACUCCACUCGCUCAGGAACCGAGAAUACAGGUGGGGACGACACAUCUCAGACCUUUUCUACAUAAAGCUUCUAUUACUGCCCUUUCCAUCUUACAAACACACUGCUGUCUUUGCACUGUGUCACCAUGGAAACAAAUGCUGUCUCUUAAGUCUGCGUGCCUGAGGAGCCAAAACUUUGUUCUCAUAUUAGACUAAACUGCAGUCCUUGUGCAGAAAAUGCAGAGAACCAGAGUCACACCUUUGAAGUCAGUGAUUUUUUUGUGAUACUGAUCCAAAAAAAAAAAACAUGAAUAGAGUCAAAGAAGAAAGCCCAUCAUGGUCCAGCUGAAGGUGAAGUCCUGGGCCUGGACUAAGAGGCAGGAUUCAUUGUUAGUAAGGUAACCAGAGGGUUGACUCUUGGUCAUCAGUUGCAAAUGUGCUUCACUUUGUAGAUCACCAUACUUCUUGAUGAGAGUCUUGGUCAUGGAGGUCUUUGAGCUGAUCUUUAAGAGGGAGAAGAAAGAAAAUGGUGCCAACACUUUGUCUUUACAAAUGAAAUUUAUUAUCCAAAAAUUGAUUAUAGGCACAGCUGGCCUGGCAGUCUAAGCAUUCACCCCAUUAUGGAGGAUCUGCUCUAAGGCAGAUGGUUCAGGUUCAGUUACAGCCUGCAGCUCUGGUAUUGCAUGUCACUCCUGGUUCUCUCUUCCCAUUUUCUGCUCUGUCCAUCACUUGGUCUUCUCAAAUGAAACUAAAGAAAGCCCGGUAAUAAAACAAAUAGAUAUCUUUGCAUUGGUUAUGCUAAACUGAUAUCAUCCUAUGACUGGUAACAAGAAGAAGAAACCUAAAGCCUUGUAUUUCUGUCUUCAAAGAUUUCAUUUAUGUUUCACUUCAGUUUUGUGCUAAUUGUGCUUAAUGACAGGUUUGAGGUUUGUUUAUCAAUUAUUUUCAGACAGACAUUUGCUGCACCGCAGAUCCACACUGACUCAAACUUGCGUACAUCAGAGCUGUGUGAGAUUUGAUCGUAUCGUACGCUCACGUGCAGAUUGUUAAAUGCCGAUCCUUGCGUGGAAAUGGUCGUAUGGACAGUUUUCUGCCGUACGUUUGUUUGAUAAAUGAGGGCCAUUGUGUUACUCUUUAAAUACUAUAAUAUCAAAUUAACCUGCAGUCUGUUGGAUGAAAGGUCUGCUAAUAAACAUAUGUUGGUUCCUUUUUCUGUAACAUAUAAACACAGGCUUUUUUUCUUUAAUUUUGACUGUCUUUGACUUUUCACAGGGGCUCAUGGUCUUCAGACACUCUCUGUAUAUCUCUGCAGUUUGACAGCUGUCUUGUGUCUUUGCUAUAGUUAGAACUCCACACAUCAGUUAUUGCUUGACUUGACCUGUUUUUGAGGGACUGUUCACCACCCCUCUCCAUGUUUCGUCUGCCUGGCAUUAUAGCAGUGAGUGAUGGCUGACAUCAGUCAUAGGGGUGCACUGGCCUCACAGAAUGUGGUGCCAUCUUUUUUAAAGAAUAUGGACAUUUAAUUACUAAAGUGUCAGUAUGAGAUAAUCUCACUUUUUUUCUUGUGGUGUUAAGUAAAAAAACAUCUGGUUUUACAUCCUGGUCAAUAUGAUAAAUUCUUCCUAACAGACGAUUAGGAAGAUUGGCCAGACUGUGUUCACUCUAGUCCUCUUUUGAAGACAUGCAUAUAAAAGUUCUUGAUGAACUUACUGAGUUCAUAACCAGCUUUUAGACCUCAUUUAUCAGAAUUAAUGCAGGUAGUUAACCAACAAAUAUCCCAAGUAUGUGCACCUAUAGUGUAUUACAGACCCCAGGUGCUAUGAGCAAAGAUACUGAGGAAGAAACCAACAGUAACCAGAAAAAAAAGCUAAAGCCAGAGACUUUGUACUGGAGGGUGUAAUGGGUGUGAUGUCUUUACACACUAAAUCACAUGCAUACAGAACUGGACGCUUUUCAUGUGAUAGUGUAUUUUUCUGUCUUAUUUAGCUCACCUGUCUAAUUUAAUAGUGGAAUUUAUAUCCAAAUAAAAUGACUAUCAAUAGUGAAAGUGAUUUGAACAGAAAUGCUUCAUGAAAAGAAAAAGGGGUGGUGGCAGCAACAGCAGCAGUUCUGCAGCAGUGAUGUGGAUGGCACUCUUCCUAUUUGUGCAUUAUGAUGGUAUAAGCUGCAGCAGUUCAGAGAGGUUCCCGUCACACACUGUCCAGGCAAACAGAGUGUCCCAGGCGUCAAAGUGAUUCAUCUUAUACAGCGUGUGCUCCCCAAAAAUAUCCUCCCCUGCUGUCUGUUAGUGCAGCAUAUCACUAUUUCUGCUAAAGGAAAACAUGCCAGUAAAGAUACAUGAGAUGGAUGAAGAGAGGAUGAGGGAUGGAGGGAGUCAAGGAUGGAUGAAUGAGUGCGAAACAUGAUGUAUAGAGGUGUAGGCAUUUAGCCUGGGAUUGGAUGUAAGGCAUGUUUUUUUUUAGGCAUUUUUCUAAUGUGCUGAUGCCGUCAACUCAGAGUACUUUGAAGUUUCCUUGCAUUUGCUGUCUGUCCUCAUUACUAAAUGUAUUCCUCUCUUCUCCUGUCAUCCUGAUCCCCACGUCCCUACUUUUUCCUUUUCAGAGCCUUUGAAACACAGAUGACUCGCAUGGAGGCGGAGUUUGUUCAGAGGGAAGCGCCCCCUUCAUAUGGUCAGCUGAUCGCACAGGGUCUCAUCCCACCAGUGGAGGAUUUCCCUGUGUACAACCCCACGCAGGUAGUUUGUUUAUACAGUUUUUUUUUCUGUUUACCACAGUCUGUUUGGUUCAUUUCUAAUCUCAACUCCAUCUCACAGACUUGAACAGCAUCAGUCUGUGAGAUGGUAUAAAAAUAAAGGAUAGGUGUCAUUAGCAUCACAGGCCUCCGGGAUACUUCCUUAGCUGAUGUUAUUGAAGAAAUAAAUUAACCUGUGGUCAAAAUGUUCACUGACAACCUUUGUUCCAUCACAAGUUCUCUUUAGGCUCAAUAACAAGAGUUUCUUCUCAAGUUACUUCUUCUACCAAACAAAAUAACAGCUUCAAAAUAAAGGCACUGUGAAAAUAAGGGAAGCCUCGCCACAAAAAAAGGAGGGCUUUUGCUUAGAAAAGUUCUCUCGCUGGGGUAUGAAAUGGUAGUUUUAAUGCUUGGACUUAAAUAUAGCUAAGUCAGGACCACUUUUAUUAAAUAAUUGCUUUCAUGCAAAAGUGAUAUUUGGCAUUUUGUCUCUGUUCUUAGGGCUCCCUGCCCUUCUUUGUACCUCUGUGGAGGGCCAAGCCUGCAGAGUACAGAACACACCUCCUCUCUUUUUCAUAUGCAUGGCAUGCAUGAAAAACCAAGGCAGGGAGAGCAACAGCAACAAAAUCCCUGGUACAGAAUAGAACAGACAUCCGUGAUAAUAUGAAUAUAUAUAUAUAUAUAUAUAUAUAUAUAUAUAUAUAUAUAUAUGUGUGUGUGUGUGUGUGUGUGUACACUGGUGAGAUCAGACACAGCAUAGAGGAAAAGCUGAAGUGGAAGUGAGUUGUAAAGCCACUGCAGAGGAAGCAGUAAUAGCUGAUGUUUGAGCUUGAACUUGAAUUUCAUGUCUUGCUUGAACCAACUCCGUGCUCAAUCUGAUACAGAGCCAAAACAGCUCUCAGCUGAUCACUUUCUUGUAUAUUCUGGUCAAAACCCACAUGCAGUUUGUAGAAAAAAAUCAAUGAGUCUUCUCUCAAUUUUCGUCACAUGAGAUGUGCUGCUCAUGGCCACAGCAUGAAUAGUCUGAUCCGCACACAAAAUGCACAAGCACAUACAAUGGAAACAGAGCCAUUCAGAGCCUUCGCACAGUCGACACAUUUCCUAAGAAAGCACUGGGCUACUGUACACUGGAAGUGUAAGCAAGAUUGUGGUUUUACUGCACCAAAGUGUCCUAAACCAUACUGGACCAUCAGGUGGGAUCAUAUGGUCCAGUCUCAGUGAACAUUCUCCUGAUGGCUUUCUGAUCAAAAUAGCUGAAGUUUACCAUGUGGAACAUUCGAAGUUGUCCACUCACUUACACCACUGACUCUACUGAUACUCACAUCUCAUUUGUUCUGCAGCAUUAUUUAUGUUUCUGUAAAUAAAUGAGUUUAUUCAGGUAUAAUCUCUGUGUCUCUCCCUUUUUUAGCCAUGGCACUUUGAGCCAAUCAAGACAGGCUGCUCCCACUGGGACCUGUCAACCAGGAUUGAGACAGAACAGUACAUACCCACUCUGUCUUCCAAAUAUAGUCACUUUUGUGCCCAAAAAACAAGAUGUCUACCUCCACAAUUUCAAACUCAGGCCUUUAAAUCAACAAAAAACUCAUGAUAUUUUAUUGUCAACGCCUGCUGAGUUCCUCUCUGUAAAAGCCACUACAGUUUCAGGUUAAAUGUAUUUAAAAUUCUGAAAAAAGGACAUGAAUAGUUUCUCUGUCUUUCUUUCUGCCCCCCUUCAGGCCUCUGUGUUACAGAACCUACGAUUGGCGAUGCGUAGACAGAUCAGACGCCACUCGACACGACGCAACACCUCCUCCUCUCGGCGGCGAUUAGGGCACAUCUGGAAUCGCCUCUUCAGAGCAAGAGGUCAUGCCCCCCUGCUUGAACCCCCUGGACCCACACAGAUUACACUGGGGCUCCACAGCUACCGUACUGUCAAUGUGCAGGGGGCCCAAGCCAGGUCUGGAGCCGGGCCUGGGGACGAGGUUGACAUGGGGGGAAUAUCAGGCAUGGACUUGCAGUCCUGCACACCAGAGAGCCCUGCCUCACCUCUCUCCUUCCAGUCUGUGGACAGUCCAGAGACAGAGGAGAUGUCACCUGUUAGCAGGGGGAGCAGUAGAGCCACACAGUCUGAGCCCCCCACUCCUGUGCAAAGUGACUCUUCAUCUCACAGCGGACCCUCUUCCACUCUCCAGGACACCUCUCUACACCCUUGCCACCCUCGUGCAUCUAGGAAACUGGUUCUAGAGCUGGCUGUAAACCUGAAGGGUGUUUCCUUACGGCGUUACUCCCCACUGGGGCCUUUGUCCCCUAUUUCACCCUCACAGACAUCCCUCCCUCACUCCCAAGGACCACUGGUGACUUCCCCUUCAGAGCCCUCGUCGUCUUCUUCUUCUGUGAAAGGAGAGGACAGUGACAGCCACUUCACUGUGGAAGUGCCAAGCUGGGAAAUAAGCAGCAGGGACAAGAAGAGGAGGGAGGGCAAGAGCAGACUGUGCAGGCUGAGCAGGGCCUUCAGUGAGGAGGGAGGAGACUCAGGGAGGGAGACAACACCAUGCUGAACAGUUUAGGAAGAUCCUCUCCUUCCCCUCACUCUGAUCAGACCUGCUGUCAGCAAUACCUGCUCUGACAAAGUGUCCUUGAAUUUCACCCCCACAUGAUUCAGAGGUAAGAUCCAUACCGCCACUCCCACAUGAAGGAGGAAAUACAAAAUGCAUAGAUAUCUUCAUAUGCACAAAACUCUACAUAUGCAGUCCUUUCCUGGAAUUAAACCAGCGUAUUACAGCUUCUGGUCUGUGAUUUGAAGAAAAUGUCUUUGUCAAAAAGAUGCUCUAUGUCAAGCCCACAAAUCUGCCUGUUACUAACUGUUCAGAAGUAAAUGUUGCCAUAACCAUCCCAAAAAAUCAAAACCUAGAAUUGGCCUCCAUUACCACAGUAACAUUGUCAAGAAGUUCUUAAAGCGCCAAAGUAGCCUUUGCUUCGUUACCAAGAGCCAUUAUGCACCGCUGUAUACUGUGAACCAGAGGAGCCUGUAGAAUAAUCACCAUUUAUCUUACCCCAGUUUAUUUUACAAGUCUAAGUUAUUUUCAUUCUUGUUUGACAUGUCCACAUGGUCAUGGAUGAAAGCCAUUUUAAGGAAUAAAGGUUAUGACAUUAAUGUUUGGUCAAUGCCCAGAAACCAAUAGCAGAGUCCAAGUUAUCAGAGAUAUAGUGUAACUUCACCUCCCAAAAAGUAAAAAGGGAUAUAAAGAUGGUUUUGAUGGUAUGCACAUUUUGUCAACCCCACAUUUGAUUGAAAAUACGAACACAUUAAAUGCUAAAAUAGAAUACUUUUGCUGUGUUCAGAAAAUAAUUACUGAUUUGAAAUUUGAUACCAGCAAGCUUUUUCAAAAAAGCUGAGGCAGGGACAUCAAAACCCGAACAAAGUUGAGAACACCUCAAGAAACCUUUUAGGCUCCCGUGACUAAUUACGGGAAUAAACAGAGUCUUUGAUGGGAGGCUGAGUCUCUCAAAAGGAAUGAUUGGAAGAAGUUCAUAACUCUGUAAAAGACUGUGAGCAAAUAGUUGGAGAAUUUCAAAAUAAUGUUCAUCCAUGUAAAAACUGCAGAGAAUUAGGGACUCCUCAGCUACUGAAGGCAACAUCAUUCAAAGAAACCAAGUAUCUGAAGACAUCUCUUUUGAAAGAGCCAAAGUCAAAAAAUGAGAGAUGGUCAUGUGGUUUUCAGGCAUGCAGGCUGCUUUAAUGACUGGAGUGAAAAUCACUGUACGGGCUCAAAACCACCUCUUAGGACCAUCAUCUGAGAACAGUUUGUCACUACUUCUACAUAUGGGGGCUUAAACUAUGCCAUGCAAAGAGGAUGCCAUAUCUUAUCAUGAUCCAGGAACACCAGAGACUUCUCUGGGUUUGGGUUUAUAUGGGAUGGACUGAAGUGUCCUGUGGUCUGGCUAAUCAAAUUUGACCUUCUUUUUGUAAAUCGUAGACGCUGUGUUCUCCGCUCACUGGUAAAGGGACCACCUGUCUCAUUAUCAGUAAACGGUUAAAAAGCAAACAUCUGUGCUGGUAUCAAACAUCAGACUGCUGGCCGUUGCCUUUUCAUAAAUUUUACAACAUGGAAUUGAUCUUUCAAAUAAAUGUAUUGUUUCUUUUUUGGUUAUGGUAUAUUGUAUUACCCCUCAACAGGAAAGUAGCCAGCUGCCAAUUCUGAAUUUAUGUUUUAAUAUUGUCAUUAUUCAUCUCUAUUGGUUUCUGUGACUGUCAAUCAACACACAGGUCUCUGGCCCCCUGUCAUUGAAGGAAACAUAAACAAUGUGCAUAAACAAUCAUUAAUCUGAUUGCCAAAAAAAAAAAAAAAAUGGAUGGAAACUGAAGAAGGGAAUGGAAGCUAUAUUGUCAGUAGCUCUGUUCAGCUCAUGAUCCUCCUUAAAUCUAACCCAAACUCACCCCCAGGAAGCUGAAAACCACUUACAUGAACUGGACUUUGUCACUGUCUGCCCUUAAAUUCAAUAAAUCUAGUGCAGUAUAGAUUUUAUUGAAUGUUCAAGAAAUGUUGGCAGAAGAGGCUUCACUCCACAAUAUGGCAUUGAUCAAAGAGUCCUCUUCGUUUCGUGGUAAAUCUGCAGUACUGCUGACUUCUCACUGGCCAUGGCAGAUGUCUGACAUGCUGGUUUACUCCUUUGGUAAUGUAUUUCUAUGCUGGGUAAUUUUUUUACAAAAGGAGUCCAAGACAAAGACCUCUAUUUUUCCGUCUUUGUUGAAGACCUGUACUUGUGCUCCAAUUUCUUUCCCUCUGCCUUGACAAAUGUUUUUUAUUGGAUGAACUUUGACACCUAUCUUUGUUUUCUUUUUGCAAGCUUGUUUCUUAAAGGUCUGCUACUGAUGACCCUCCAAUCACUGCUGGACUUCUAAAGAAUGUACCCCUUAUUGAAAUCAGUUCAUUUGCUGCUGGACAUUGAGACUGAACAUAAAAGGGAAGUUUCUGCUGUAGAUAAGAGUUUGAGAAAUAACAAGGAGUCAGUGCAUCUUGAUUUUUAGCUGCAGUCAGGUUUGCUGAAUGUGCCAUGCAAGAGGUUUUGUUACAAAGGCUGCUACAUGUCAUGUGCCAUUAGAGAUGUGUCCAUAAAUCCCCACAAUUAAUAGUCUUUUUAUUCUUUUGAUACCAUAUCCCUUAGUUUCACAUAUUUUUGUGCUUUUUUUCCAUGUAUUUACGUUCAAAGCUUUGUUUGAGUAACUUAUUGAAUUUGAAAAAAAAGACCUUUAAAUAUCUGUGACAUGUACACGUUUCUUUGCUUUUGUAUCUACAUAAGUGAGUAAAAAUGUCUUACUGGUUCUCCAUUGCUGUUGUAAAUAUCAUGGACCAUUUCAUGGAUCAAAGUUGGGGCUUACAUGUUUGAAGAGAUUGAAUUAGUCUGUGUGUUUGGAUAUAGAUGUAUGAUGUAUCAUGUGAAUGGUACAGCUGACCUCUCUGGGGUUGUAGUGCACCUGUGCAUCAGGGAUCUCUGGGAUUAUUGUGAUGGAGGAGUUUAAGAAAUAACCUUUUUUUCUUAAAUAACCUUAUUCAAGUGUAUAAAUCUGUUUAUUUAAAUGUUGAUCAGUGAAGUCUUCUUAGUGGCAUUGCUUGAUCAGGGUUUUUAAGUCUACAAGUUACUGAAAAUAAAAUGUUCACAUAAUACAGUGGGAAUUUCUUUUUCACAAGAUAAUGGCCUCUGGAUUUUAAAAGUUUGUUUAAACUGCUGUAAACUGCAGGGCAGUAGGCAUGUGAAUAUCUUAACUGUAUUUUUUCUGCCUUUACUCACCCUUAAAUGUGGAAAGCCACAGACAUGAUUCUGAGGCUUUGUACUGUACAAAAGAAAAAAGUUAAGCAUUUUAAAAGCAUUUCAAUCAUAUUUAGAACAAUAUUUUGUGGAGAGCAUACACCAUUAUGGGGUUCUUAUCAAAACCCUGUCCUGCCUUUUGGUCACUAUUUUCAUUUACCUUCAAUAAAUACAUUUCAAACCAACAUCAAUCAGUUUUAUUUAAAAAAUGUUUUUAGCUGAUAACUAAUUAAACGUUCUGUGGAGAACUUUGAACUAGAUUUGAAAAAAUCUCUCAUUUUUGCUGAUGUCUGCCUGUCACAGCGAAUGAGCCCAUCUGUGUGAAGAUAAUCUAUUUCUACAUAGUGACAACAGGGAAAAUAGGAGCCAGUGGUCGGGUCAGGACCACAAGCGAAACUCAGACCAGAGACGAUACAUGCUUUUUUCCCUCUUAUUUUGCCUUAAACACUACAAGCUGUCAUCACAAUAGCUAACUGAUUUAAAAAGAAAAUGUAAGUUGUUCAUUCACGCAGCUAUUUGAACAGUUAAUGUUUUGUCGGAAUCACUUGACACCUGACUCUGUUGCUGUGGUAACUUCUCUGUCGGGUUAGCUUGACUUGAGGUUAAGUGGUUAUUUUAGCUAGGCUCUAGUACCUGCUAACAGCUCUGCUCCUUUACCUAGCUCCUUUUUUAGCUCAGUGCUAACAUCUACACCCUAAUGGCUCUGAGAGGGCUAAAAUGCUGUAAUAUGGUAAUAAUAGUGAAGUUCAUCUGAAUACCAGUUGUAGAAAAUACAACAUAAAUCACUCAGCUCAAGUGAAGUCAGUUAGAACAAAUCAGUGAACAUAAUGUAAUAUGAAGAGUAAAGAUUUUUGUCAAUGUAAAUCAAGAUCAAAACAAACCAAAAGACCAAUAGAAAUUACUGUCACACCACUGGAGAAAACUGAAAACUAGAGAUUUAUGACUAUAUUGUUCUUAAGAAUAAAGUACUGUGAUUUGAGAAUUACAACCCAACUUUUUGCAUUUAAAAGUUUUUAAGUUUUUGUUUUCUUUGAUUAAAAAAAGUGAUUCUCACAUGGUCCACAGUAAAGAUUAUUGGGGAAUCACAAAUUGUAGCUGCUAAGAUUGAAAUUCUUUUGGUAAUAAACACAAACAAAAUCAAUGGACUGCUUUUUUCACGGGCUGCAGAAAUCCACACAAACUGAAGAGUCUCGCGAGAGUUUUAAGAAAUAACGCAUUUCUCAAUUGAAGAAAUCCUCAUGUUCAAGGUACUGCAGCUCUUUUUUCAUUGUACAGAGAAAAGGGCAUCCACUUGAAAGCUGGGUUUAGAGUUCUGGAUUAUAUUAAAUGAUGACGAUGCUGUCAAGG